AUGGAUGACGACAGGAGACCACCCUCCCCGGAGCCCAGCGAGCAGUCAGUUCCCCCAGAUACUCCACGGUCUGCAGCAGGUCAGGCAGGCCUAGCCGGAGUAUAUCAGCUCAUGGCACAAGUGCUGCAACAGCAACAGAUGAUGCAGCUGGCCGCUAUGCCAUCGGCAGACUCCUGCUACGAGAGGUUCCGCCGACUGAACCCCCCAACCUUUGAGGGUGGGCCUGACCCCAUGGCGGCAGAAGCAUGGAUCCGGGAGAUGGAGAAGAUGUUCCAAGCCCUCCACUUUUCCGAUGAGGUGACGGUCCGACUGGCGAUCUCUAUGCUGACAGGGAACGCCGAGUACUGGUGGACGGCCAUGGAGACGGCUUAUGCCGUCGACGGACUCACCUGGAGGGACUUCAAGAGGCUGUUUUACAACCAAUAUUUUCCGGACUCAGUCCACCAGGCAAAGCAGAAUGAAUUCUUGGCGCUGACCCAGACCGACCAGAUGUCUGUUCUGGAGUACGCCAAUAAAUUCAACGAGCUGGGACGAUUUUGCCCCCAGUUCAUGGAGGAGGAGAGAAGUAAGGUAAACAGGUUCGAGCAGGGAUUGAGGUACGGGAUUCGGUCUCGAAUAUCCUCCCAUCUGUUCUCGAGCUACCGGGAUGUACUGGACCGAGCCUUGAAGGUUGAGGCUGACCUGAUGCGGUCCGGGAGAGAGAGGGAGGACUUGAAGAGGACCCGAUCGUCGGGAGCACAGAGUAGUGGGUCCGGAGGCAGCAAGGGGUCUGUGCCCAAGAAGAGACAGAGCAGAGGCUGCCCUACCUGUGGCAAAAACCACAAUGGUACCUGCUUGAAGAAGACCGGGGGUUGUUUUUCUUGCGGGCAAACAGGACACAUCGCCUGCGACUGCCUGAGUCGGAAGAAGGACGAGCCCAGACAUACUGCACCGGAGGACCAGAGAUCGAGGGGUAACCCUCGGCUUUUCGCACUGACUCGACAGGAUGCCAGUGCUAGCGAUCAGGUGGUGACAGGUACACUUUUGGUCAACUCAGCCCCUGCCCUCACUCUAUUUGAUUCUGGUUCUACGCAUUCUUUCGCGUCAGUUAGCUUUUCCAGACAAUUACAUAGUAUACCUGAGAAAUUAGUGGAACCAUGGCAUGUUGCUACACCCCUUCAGAAAACCGAAAUUGUUGAUACUAAAUAUAGAGACUGCAUAACUAAGAUAGGGGAAAGAGAGUUAGAGACAAAUCUUCUGCAGCUUGACAUGCAAGAUUUCGAUAUUAUUUUGGGCAUGGAUUGGAUGUCUCAGUACCACGCUCAUAUUGACUGUUAUCAUAAAAAGGUGGUAUUUCGGAUACCUGGGGAGCAAGAAUUUUUCUUUCAGGGCGAUAUACCCCUUUAG